AUGUCAGAAAAAGGGGAUAGCGAGGAUGAUGACCAUGCACCAGGAAGCAGUAGCAAUUCUAGCAGUUGUUCCUCUAGUGGAAGUGAUGUCCCCCGUAAGAAGCCGAAAGGUCGUCUUGACGAGAAGACUAGAAAGUUUUUGGAAGAAAGUGACUACUUGCGACGGUCAUCUCGCUCUAAACAACUCGAUGAAAACGAUGUUCUUGAAUGGGAAGAAGACAAAAAGUCACCAUCUUCUGUUACUGCAAAUGCAGAAACUAUCGAGCGUGUGAUUAAAUGUAGAAUGGGUGCACAAGGAGCAACAGGAUCGGCGACCACGUGUUAUAAUGUAUCAGAAAAAGGCGAUCCGAAUAUUCCGAAUGCACCAGUCCUUGAACAACAAUUUCUUAUCAAGUGGGUCGGUUGGAGCCAUCUUCAUAAUACGUGGGAAUCUGAAGCUUCGAUAGCUGCUAUUGGCGCAAAUGGUGUAAAAAAAGUGCAGAACUUCCUCAAAAAGCAGAAGGAAAUGGAAGAAUGGAAACGUACCGCUGAUAAAGAGUAUAUAGAAUUUUAUGAGUGCGAGCAAGUGAUGAGUGAAGAACUUUGUGAAGAGUACACUAAAGUGGAGCGGAUAGUCGCUCAUCAGGUCUCAAGAGAUCGCAGUGCAGAUGGCCAAGAAGCCACCGAGUAUUACGUGAAAUGGUGUGGAUUGUCUUAUUCAGACUGUACAUGGGAAGACGUUCGUUUGCUACCUCCAGAGGCGAUACAAGCAUAUCAUCGCAGAAUUGAUAACUAUAAAGCUCCCAGCAAGAAUGCUCCGGUUCUUCGAAAAAGGCCAAAAUUUGUGAAAAUCGAAGGCAUGCCAUCUUGGCUGCAACCUGAUGACAAAGAUCAAACGCUCCGGGAUUACCAACUUGAAGGUUUAAAUUGGAUGUUACAUGCUUGGUGCAAGCACAACUCGUGUAUCCUAGCUGAUGAAAUGGGUUUGGGAAAAACAAUCCAGUCGAUUGCAUUCCUUUCCGCUCUGUACCAUCGGUACGAACUGUAUGGACCGUUCCUAGUUGUUGUACCAUUGUCAACAAUGGCGGCAUGGCAAAAGGAAUUCGCUCAAUGGGCACCGGAUUUGAACCUUGUCACGUAUAUGGGUGACACGAAUUCGCGUGAACAAGUAAACCUUUCGAUUUUAUUUUAUGAAGUUGAAAAAUUUGUUUUCCUUAUCAGUUUUUCAAAGAUUAUAAAUAUUGCUUGGGCUUAG